CUUUCGCCAUGAUGAACAAAUGACCUCGCGGGGAAUGAAAUUUAAAUUCCACAAAGGGGAGCGAGUUCUCUGCUUCGAGCCGGACCCGACCAAAGCGAAAGUGCUCUAUGAUGCCAAGAUUGUUGACAUUGUUAUUGGGAAGGAUGAGAAAGGAAGAAAGAUUCCAGAAUAUCUGAUCCAUUUUAAUGGUUGGAACAGAAGCUGGGACAGAUGGGCAGCCGAAGAUCAUGUUCUUCGCGAUACUGAUGAAAACCGCAGAUUACAACGUAAAUUGGCAAGGAAAGCUGUGGCUCGCAUGAGAAGAAAAGGAAAGAAAGGGCGUUGCAGAUUGCCUGGUGUUGACUCAGUGCUGAAAAGCCUUCCUGCUGAGAAUGAUGAGAGCAGUGGAAAAUCUAUAAGCAGUUCUUCUGAUGACAGCGAUGAAGGCACUGAUGAAGAAAUAAAAAGUGAAGAAAGUGACAUUGAUGAGAAGACAGAAAUGAAAGAAGAACAAGAGACUCAUGCUAAAAGGGAGAUGGAAGAAAAAGCAAUAAAUAUUGAAAUUCCUGAAAUUUUAAAGAAGAAGCUUGAAGAAGAUUGUUACUAUAUUAACAGGAGAAAACGGCUGGUGAAACUGCCAUGUCAGACAAAUAUAAUAACCAUCCUGGAGUCAUAUGUGAAGCAUUUUGCCAUUAAUGCUGCUUUUUCAGCCAAUGAAAGAUCUCGACACCAUCAAAUGUCUUCACACGCCAAUCUGAAUCUCCACUAUAUCCCUCCAGAAAAGAAUGUUGAGUUAUGUAAAGAAAUGGUGGAUGGGCUAAGAAUCACCUUCGACUUCACUCUCCCAGUCAUUUUACUCUAUCCAUAUGAGCAAGCCCAAUUUAAGAAGGUGACUUCUUCCAAAUUCUUUCUUCCAAUCAAAGAGAGUGUAGCAAAUACUAACAGAAAUCAAGAAGAGCUUUCCCCAAGUCCACCUCUUCUGAAUCCAUCAACUCCACAGUCCACAGACAGCCAACCGAUAGCAGGAGAGUCCACAACGCCUAAAAGGCGGAAAGCUGAACCUGAAAUCUUGCAGUCGCUCAGGCGUUCUACCCGUCAUACAUCCAAUUGUGACAGACUGUCAGAAAGUAGUGCUUCUCCACAACCAAAGCGACGGAAUAUUGAGACUCCUGCUUCAAUGCCAAAGUUGUUUUUGCAUCUUGAAAAGAAAACCCCUGUCCACAGUGGAUCCUCUUCGCCCAUUACCUUGACUCCCAGCAAAGAGGGCAGUGCAGUAUUUGCUGGUUUUGAAGGCAGAAGAAACAAUGAAUUGAAUGAGGUGUUGUCGUGGAAACUUAUGCCAGAGAACUAUCCCCUAGAUGAUCAACCACCACCACCCUCUUACAUUUAUGGGUCUCAACAUUUACUACGAAUGUUUGUAAAGCUUCCAGAGAUUCUUGGGAAGAUGAGCUUUCCUGACAAGAACUUAAAGGCAUUAGUGAAGCACUUUGAAUUGUUUCUAAGGUUUUUAGCAGAAUACCACGAUGACUUCUUCCCAGAAUCUGCUUAUGUUGCUGCUUGUGAGGCCUACUAUAGCACAAAGAAUCCACGUGCCAUCUACUAGCUAUGAAUAUUGCUAGAACACAGUUGUACAUACUGCAUGACUUACUGUACUGCUUCAGAAUGAGGAGAGAAAAUGGAAAAGUGUCGUCAUUCUGAUAUCUCAAAAGUUCCUUCAGCAUUGUCAUUCUUUUGACAUGAGUGCAUCUUUUUCUCAUUUCAAAGUUAUGCUGACAUUGCAUUCUAGGGCUACAUAACCUUCGCUGUUAGAUAACUGAAGCUCUGCAUUGACUGCUAAUGCACAGAACUGGAUACGACUGAAGUAAGGAAAAGGAAUAAAAAAGACUUCAUGAGAAUUAACUUCAUGCUGCAUUCCACUUUAACAUAAGCUUGCUCCAGUUUAAACUCUCUCAACAUCACCUCGUUUAAGAUGAAUGCAGAAAGGGCAUUGUACCAACUUCCUUUUUCACAAAUGGAAUUCAUGUUUCAUUAUAGGAAGCUGUGGUGAUCAAAAUUCCCCUUGUAGAAGAAUGUGCAACUAGCUUCUUAGUGUGAUCUCUAUUUUGAGAUGUUUUUAUAGGGAGAGGGAAAAUUGGGAUUGCUUUAAAAGAAUGUAUUUACCUCUUUCCACAGCAGGUGGGUUGGCAGUGUCUGAAUAGCUUGUUCUUGGACUAAUUUAUCCAAACACAUGAUUUGAAUUGUUUUGGUGAUAGGUGUAAACAGUUGUGAAGAACAGUGUGUACCUAGUGUUCUUAGGAAGAAAAAUGGCAAAGCAACAACAAUCAUUUAGGCAAAAUGUCUUAAACAGUGACUUCUAAUUCAAGGUAAGGUAUGUGCUGUUCAGUUUGAAAAGGGUAUUUGGUUUUACUUUGACUGGUUUUAGGAAUGUAUACAUUACUGUUUGUAUAGAGAUCUAGAAUACUUCACUUGUUUUCUAGUUUGUUGUCUUGGUUAUAAUGUGGCUACUGCCCUUUGAAAAUUAACACUAUCUUCCCUGCACUGGGCAGACUUAAAUAAAAUUUACAUGCAGAAUCUUUUGCUGCCCAUGCCAACAGAUAGUUUGAUUAUUUAAAAAAAUUAGCUGAUCUGAAGACAGGCAGAUGAGCCUAAAGGUUAUCACUUCUGCAGUAUGAUUGUUAUCAGUUGUGCUUUUAUAAACACUAUUAUAUUAGAGUUUGUAUUAGUCAUCUUGGGCUAUAACUGGGUACUUGUUUGCGUGAGAUGGAUUAAGCUAGAACAUUCUAUUGCCUAGGAAAGUUUCUGUAAUAGUAGCAACUGGAUCGGAUUCCCAUAGUAGUUUGUGACAGCUUAAAGUUGCACCAUCUAAUAUAUGUACUGGAGUGGUCAAUUUAAGUGAACCAAUCCCAAAACUGAAAAGGCACCCCCAUUACCUUAAACUGAAAAUCAGGUUAUGUGCUUAAUGGUAAACCAUUGAAAAAACCAUUAUUUCUCUUUGUAGUACUCUUUCAUGAAACCAAUAAAACCUGACUUAAAAAAAGAAAAGAAAAAAACAUUUCAGACUCUGGGCCUGUUUACAUACUUUGUAGGCCUCCAUGCAGUUAUCUCAUACCGGUCUGUUACAGGCCUUGUAACCUGUGAACUAACAUGUCUGUAAGUCCCAGUGUGACCUUACUAUCUGGUAAGAAUAGGGUCUGUGCAGCAUUUAGACUCAUGCUAUUUGAGGGGCUAGAUUUGUGGAUUGAUUGGUUCCAAGAAGAUGCCGCCAUCUUUCUAAACCUUAGGUCCUAAGAGCCGUAAUGUAAUUUGGUCUUGGAUUUGAAGCUUUAUAAUGGGGACAGUGUUGUCUGCCUUGCU